CUGCAUUGAACGCAUCAAUCCAAACCAGAAGUGUGAGCUAACAAACAAAGAAGGAUAAUAUAAAGUAACGUAUCUUGAGCUAACAAACAAUGGAGGAUAAUAUGAAGUAACGUAUCUUCUAUGGAUGCAUUUCUAUGUGACUGAAGUUAGACAAAUUUCACCCAAUAGGUCACUGAGGGCAGCGACUGAAGUCUACAACCUCAGCAUCCAGAGUCACAGAGGACAGCGAAAAAAAACCAAGCAAUGCAAUCAAAUGGCGACUGGAGUUUAAUACUUCAGCAUCCAGAGAUAAGGCUCAGCGACAGGGUUUCCACUCCAGUCUGCAUUGUGUCAGUGAUGUGGUGUAGCGCAGAAGAAAAAGUCCAUCAGAAAGGAAGAAAAGAGACUCGUCAUUCGUCAUGUCGAUCAAACUUGCAAAGAGGCUAAGCAGCAAAAGAAAUAAGCUCCUAAAGGACCAUGCCAAGUAUGAUCUUCUCAUCAAGCUUGGCCUGCAGGGUUUCUAUCCUUCUCAACUGGAACCAGCAUCAAUACUGGACCUUAGUACAUGGACCUUGGAGAACCAAGACCCCCAAGAACCAAAGGAUCUGCCACAAUCAUUUCUUCAAAGGCUUUGGCUGCUUUGUCCAAAUGCUCGUUGUCCUUCAUGCAAAGCUCUUUCAAAUUUUAAUGGCACUGCUGAUUGUGGAGGAGUGAGUCCUUGUGCCUCAGUCAGUCAUCUUGAUGUCGUGUCAGCUGUCUUUAUGUGUGCCAGCACUUUCCUCCAGCAGGAGAUGAUUGUGCGCAUGAUGCAAUGCCAGUUUGCUGUGCCCUUGAUACUUCCUCCCAUGGAUGCAGAAGAGGCAAGUAGCUUCCUCCUUUGGCCUUUGAGAGGUGUUGUGAGACAAUGGAGGAUUAAAGAAAGUGUCCAAGACGCAGUUUUAGCAAGCACGUUCAUGCCAAUGAUCACAUGUGUUAGGCUUGGUAGCUGCAGUAUCUCCAAGUCUGAGGUGCUAAACCACGUCAUCGGUGGUGAAACAUUUCUUCACAGAGGAAUGCAAGCGGGAGAACCACCUCGAAGGCUCUCCAACGGUCUUGUGGAAAUCGGAUGGUAUCUUCCCAGUGGCGACCCUAACGGAGACACUUUUCCUGUGCCAGUGAUUUUGUCUAACCUACGAGGAGAUGCAAGCAAGCAUGAAAAAUGCCUCUUCCUCCUCUGCCAGGCAUCUUCAGCUGUUUUUGUUUUCUGUGAAAGUCCAAAGGAAAAAGAGAAGCAACUACUCGCCUCCUGCAAGGACAUUACCACCAAGCUCUUUUUGAUUGACCUCUCACAGACUGAGACCAGUGAGGACAGAAUUGUGGGAUUUCUUGAUCAGGACCUCAAGGAGGAGCUAGGUCUUCCUGAUGGAUCCGUCCUAUCGGGAAGUUCUUUGAAUGCAGAGAACCUUAAAUUAGUACUGUGUGAUGCUAUUAAACAUUCACUACCAGACCUGAGCCUUACAACACUGGAGGCAGUUGCCAAGUUAGCAGCGGAGCAGGGGUUUCAUUGUGAUGAAGAGACAAUCUGCAAAAAGGCAAUGGACAAAGCAGAUGAAGUUUUGAAACAUCUAGAGAUGGGACCUGCCCUUUUUAGGGAGAAAGAGUUGCCUUUGCAGGGAGCUUCGUGGAGCAGGUUGGCUCAAAUUGGCAAAGAGGAAAGUAAAAAAAAACAACAAGCUGAUCCUGUAUUGCAAAAAGAAAAGGAAGACAUCUUGGUGAGUUUGAGUAGCUACGAAAUGACUCAAUCAAUGAAGAUCUUUACAGAAGCGAUUUUAAGCACUGAUAAAGCAGAGAGGACAUAUUUCCUCUGUUGGAUGAGGGUGAAACUUAGACUGUUGCAAAUGCAACAGCAAAUCAAUCUAAAAGAUCUUCUGAUAAAGCAGAAGACAGACGAGAACAGUGACAUUCCUGAACAAACUGAGUUUCAAAAAGGAGCCAAUGAUGCUAGCAAUAAUAGUUUUUACACAGAUUCAACGUUUGAGGAUGAGGAAGUCAAGCCGCGUAUAGAUAUUUAUCUGGAAUUACCCAAUUCAGAGAAAGAAGUAAGCUUGAAGCACAAGUCGCAAACUGAAAAAGACGGCGAAUCAGAGAGUCUGCACUUGUCAAGCGAAAAAGUGUCUGUAGCCACUGAAGAGAUUCUUGACAUCUCUUUAAGCGGCGUGCUCAAAGAAAAUGGAACCUUAGGCAUUCACUGCAAUGACGAGACUUUUUCUACUGAACAGGAAAUGAACCAAAAUGCUUCCAUCAACUGUCUGGAAGUAACGUCUUCAGAACCAAUUCAACCCAUUCCCUUUUUUCUGGGCCUUGAGCACUUUUUGCGCGAAAUGGGCCUCAUUUUUGAACUCACCCACAUUCACAGCCACAAAGUGCCACGAUUUCCAAAUGUUGCUGCUGAUUUGCUCCUCAAUGGGAUACCUUUGGAACUCAUGGAUGGGGACGCCUCAAACGUUCCCAUGCACUGGGUAGGCUGCGUCUUUGCAGAGGUCAAACGGCGUCUUCCCCGAGAGCGCUUUAGGACGCUAACGAGCCUCGGAGUGCAUCAUGCAAGGAAUGCUGAGAUUCUCUCAGCGUUGUUUAGCGUGAAAUUCCCAUGUGAAUUUCCAAGAUCUACAAGAGGGGUGUACAUAGUUGCCCUACGGUUGUCGCCUGAGCUCAAAAAUAAGCUUAACUGUGAUUAUCUAAUGGUAAUUGACGUUGAGGGUCUUUGCUCAAUUUCCCCAGAUCCUGAAAACAACUCUCAGAUCCAUGAUAAUGAGAUGGCGACUGUUGCAACAGGACUCAGUGAUGUCUUGUUACAAAACAUCUACUCACGUACAGUAUCUGAGUUUGAGGCGAGCCUCACUAUUGCAGUUAAUGCUCUGCUACGCAUCAAAGAAGGUGGCUCCAUGCCCAUCUGCAAAGUGUUGGUCCGAGAUGAAGGAAUUCAUACCAUAUUAGAAGGUACGCAGUUAAAACGUGUAUCAGCCAUUCUACAGAAAAGAGAGACUGAUAAUGCAGUAACACACAACGCAAAGACCAAAGGAUCAGUCCGCUAUAUCAAGCCUUGGUACAAUGAGCCUCUCUCAGUUGAUCCACAUCAUAGUGAAGCUCUCUUGACAAUAAAGCGUACCCUCUUUGGGGCCCUGAAGAAGGCUGCAGCUCAGUCACAAACUACCUUACCUGAAUUCAUAAUCCGUCUGAGUUCGGUUUGGGAGGCCGUCAAAGCAGAAUCCUUCUCUGUUAGUCUACAAGAAACAGACGUGGCCUUCGCCUUCUCUAUAUUUUGUACAGAGCUUUCUCAGUGGGAGAAUGAACGAAUGGAACACAUGGAAUGCUGGAUUAAGAACACAACAAAAAGAAUCGCCUGCACUAAGCCAGAUGCUUUGGAUCUUUACAGCCAAAAUGACCUCCUGUGUCAACUAAAGGAUGAAGCCAGAAAGGAGGUCAAAGUCGAAAUAAAUACACACCAGGCAAAAGUGGAAGCCCAUUUGAUGGGAAACAAAAAGCUGAAAGGCUACAUUAAAAUGCUUAAACCAAUCUUCAUGAAUAGCAUAAAUGAGCUUCAAGAACGAUUGACAAAGGCAACCAUACAAAGGCUAGACAGAAUCAAUGAGAACCACAGUUAUUAUUCUCAGCAGAACAAAAUGGACAUUGCAUUGGAAAAUGAACAAAACUCCAAGCUUCAUUCACUGUUAGAGUGCAGUAAAUCCAAAAAACAUCUCUUCGAAGACAAACAACUGGAAGAAGAGUUUGAGGAUGUGUGGAAUAAUGCAAUGUCCACCUUUGACUUCAGGCUUUCAGAAAAAGAAGAUAUUACUAAAAGAGUGAUGAUUAUUCUGAAAGAGAAUCUCAUCCGCCAUGGUCUCCAAAAGCACUUGAAUAAGAUCGUAGGCAUUGGUCAAAAUCAGACGACUUGUUUUAGAGUUGAUGGUCAGUACUUUGGAUACCGCAACAGAAUUAAACACAUGUUUGAAGACAAAAACCAUCCACACAGAGUCAAAGCCCAGGAGCUUGCACUUAACAUCAUCGAGCAAUACAAACAGUUUGUUGCGGAAAAAGCCCGUUUACUGCAACAUUUCUCUGACAGUGCCAUCACUGAGCUGUUAGAAAUUAUUGAUAAAGCUUUGACAGAAACACCACUGGAAACCAGAACAGUUUUUGAGGUGGAUCUGAAAGUCUUCCUGUGCAACGCUGCUUGCAAUGACUUCCAAAAACUACAUGACCGCUAUGACAAGGACGCAGAACUUUUGAUGAGCAUUAACGCAAAAAAAAGCAAGCUGAUGGCUGAAUUCAUCUAUCAGUUCCGAAAGAGAGAUCAUAGUCGGAGGUUGGCUCAUCGAUUCUUGACAGAAGUCAUCAUGCCUACUGUGAUGGACUACAUCUAUAAACCUUUAGGGAUGCAAAUUGUGGAGGAAAUUCAAAGUACUUCUCCAGAGUAUCUAUCCCCGCAGGCUUUCCACAAGUGUUUACUGGAAGAGCUCAUCAAGGAAGACAAGUUUGAAAACUUUAUGGACUACUUGUUCUCCUAUGACACCAUCAGGCAGAGAAGGAUCCAGGAGAAAGUGGCAGCUCACUUGUUGGAGUCAAACAUGAACACGAGGAGGCUUGAACGACUUGGAGAAAUCAUCGGAAAGAUGGCAGCAGCCAUCAGCCAGAUGGCCGAAGGCACCAUCGGAGUGCUCAGCGACACCAAACCACUGCUGGAAAGAGUCUGCCUUAUCCUGGAGGCAGAUGGAGAUGUAUGUGUCCCCUGGGAGUUCCUGAAUGGACCGCUCUACAGCAUCACCACUGAAUGGGAUCCCUUCAUCACAUGUUUAAUGGAGUUACUGGCAGGACUGCGCUUGGAGCUGGCCCAGGACUUCUCCCAAAAUGUGGAGAGCAAACAGUUACUUCAGUGCCUUCCCAUCCAACCAAGUGACUUGCUUUUCAGCAAGGUGAAAGGCUGUGAUGCCCGGUGUCCUAUGUGCAAAACGCCAUGUGAACUGAAAAAAAGCGGACAUCAUGUUCACGAGUCAUCGAUUCACAGGCCCAAAUACCUGUGUCCUUCCACUUAUCUGUUUCAAAGCAGUUCUCUUGAAAGUACAACUCCAGCUGACAAGGACCCACAAGAUGUUGCAGUGGCAUGCUGCAUGCUCAAUGCCCUCCAUCCGGAGUGGAACCUUUCAUCUGAGAAGACACCAAGUCCAUACUGGAGGUAUGUGUUAGUAAGAGUUAACGAAAAGUUUGCAAAGGAAUACAAGCAGCAGCCAGCACGGAUUCCAGAAGAGUGGAAGAUGAUCACACAGAAGGAGGCCUUAGACAGUCUAAGAGAUGACGUCCUUCUCGAUGAACAGCCCUAGAAGCUAGCUUCAUUUUAUGUUUCACGUUUUAUUUAUUGCUCAUAUUGCUUGGUGAUGGGGAAAGUCAUAAUAAAUGGACUUGCUUUCA